AUGGGCGCGCGAGGUGGACGAUUGGUGGGCCGGUGGAGUGGCGGGUGCCGACGGGACGAGUUCACCUCCAGCGCCGGGACCUCGCAAGCGGGCGCGACGCUGUCGCGCGUCCCCGGCGGCGGUCCCCUGGGCAACGACGUCAUCCUCAGCGCCGCGUACGGCACCGCGCAGCAGGACGUGCGGGCCCGACGCGCCGGGGGGUACUCCGCGCUGCGGUCGGAGUCGACGAGCGUGAGCGUGUACGCCGGCGUCCAGAACCGAGAGACGCGGCAGGAUCUGGGCAUCCGAACGACGUACAACCACAACUCCCGGAACGCGAUAUACCCCGACAGGUUGGCGCGCACGAUUGGGGAGGGGUUGGAGGUGCAGGACGUGGCGUUCGCGGACGCGUUCGCGGGGCCGCGCGGCGCGGUGGGGGACGCGGACGUGCGGGCGGGGUCGUUCACCGGCAGGGCCGGCGCGGUGUCGACGGGGGCCACGAGUCGGCAUCGCGCGACGGCGAUCGCGGAAGACACCCUGUCGUCCUCGUCUGCGUUCGCCGCUUACGCGGGGUACAGCGUCGCUGACCGAGGAGGCGUUCCCCCGACUGUUGGAGCCACGGACCUGUCGCUGUACCCCGCUGCGGCCGGCCUCGGCGCCGACGGAGCUCUGGAGACCCCCCCUGGCGCCGCGUACGGCUACCGCCCGACGGGCACGGACUCGUUCACGGUCGUGACGUCCACCGGCGACGCGAGAGCGGACGCGAGGGGCGUGGAGUCCGCCACGGUCGUUCCGGCGCCCGUCCUGGCGCGGAACAUCGCGCUGAACAUCGCGCGCCGCCGCGACGCAGACGCGCUCUUCGAUCCGGCCCUGGCGAACGGCAUCGGUCCGGGGCCGGAUGAGAUUCUGGGCGAGGACCCACUCAACCCUUUUCGGUUCGUGCCGCCGGACCGCGACGCCCAGAUCGCCACGACGGGCUUCUACCGGGCGUUCCCGGGCAUGUUUGGCGGCAUCGCGCCCUACAUCCCGUCGCCAGCGGACGCCGAGGCCCUCGACACGUUGUACACGUUCCAGCCCGCAGCCUACACCACGAGCAGCAAAGGCCUGGGGGGGGUGUCUAACAUCGAACCAAACGACCCGUACUUCUUCGACGGAUACGGGUGGGUCGACGCGGUCACGGGCGCGUACGUUCCCUUCAACGUGCGCCGCGCGACGCAGGAGUCCUUCAUCAGCGAGCCCGUCGGCCUCGACACGUUCGGCCGAGUCCUGCCGCUCCCGCCCAUUGCCAUGUUGCCAGAGCCGGCGGCCGUCCUCGGGGCACCGGGCGACUCGAACAAGGCCGACGCCGCGCCGGUGGCGCAGGUUCCCGAGGCCCUCGCGACCGGCGUCGGCGCCAGCACCCUCCCCGUCGACGAGCUGGCCGCCGCGGCGCUUGACGCCUUUGGAUUCUCGGAGGGGGGUCUUUUCGACCCGGACUUCCCACGGCCGCCCGCGGUCGAGGUCCUGCAGCGCGACGUGGCCGUCGACUUGUCCGACGGCCCGAGCGCGGGCGCGGGGAUCCGCACCGCGCGUGUCGUAGCGCCGACGUUCCCAGAGGAGCUCCCGUUCGAUCCCACGGACAACCUCCCGGACCUCUCGCCGCUCGACGGCACCGGCGUGCCGCUGUCCGCGCUCCCGAUCGCGAACGUGCCCCGUUCCGGCGGCCCGGCGUUCCGCAUCUCGCCGACCAACCGCGUCUAUGUCGAUCCCCUGGGGCCGCUCGAUGCGCUCGACCCCGCGCUCGAGGGCGCGGACGACGGCGACGAAGACAUGUUCCUCGGGCCGCCCGUGGUGCCGCCGGGGGACUUUGGGUCGACUCCGCCCCUCGAACCACGCCUCCUCCCCUUGAUCGAUCCCGGCCUCCCGGACGCCAACGUCGGCCCUGACCUGGGUCUGGGGACCGACCUGGGCCCCGGCGUCGUUCCAGGAGUCCCGAUCUUUGACGACGAGCUGGCGGGUGACUUUGGGUUGGCUUUCGCCCCCGAGCCGCUGACCCUGGAGGCCGUGCGCGGCACGCCCCGCGAGCGCAUGUACAGGACGUUCGUGGACUUCCGCGAGCAGAGCAUCCGCGACGCGCGGCGCGACUAUUUCGACCUGCCCGCGAGCCUGCUGCCGCUGGAGAUCACAGCGGGGCUGGACGCCGCGGCGAGGUUCAACCAGCUGGGCUCGGACAUCGCGCAGCUCGUGCUGGACAGGCGCGACGCGGAGGACGUCGUGGACCGGGCGCUCGCCAACACCGUGGCGUGA